GUACACUGUCCCAGGCCGACAAGAUGGCGGCCCCCAGGAAACGACGACUCCUGGGGCCGCCAUCUCUGCAUAUGCGUGUUUACAUUUGUCCCAGAACCAGCUCGUGCCUCCUACUCACUCCCAGUGACACAUCACUUUAGACAUCAGCGAGCGGGCAAACAGCAGUGUCAUUGAGAUUAAUUGAGGGGAAGGUCAGACUCGCUGGUAUAUCAGGAGAGAGCGCGGCUAGACGUGACUCGAGCGCGAAGCCACACGAGGACAAGAUGGAGCGCUGGUCGGGUCGCGUGGCGGUGGUGACUGGCGCCAGCUCGGGUAUCGGCUACGCCGUGGCCCGGGAGCUGGUGAAGAAGGGGCUGAAGGUGGUGGGGCUGGCUCGCCGGGCCGACAGGAUAGAGGAACUAGCUGCAAGCCUGAAGGAUUCGCCAGGGAAGCUGUACGCGGUGAAGACUGAUCUCACCAAAGAGGAGGACAUCCUGUCUGCCUUCAAGUGGGUGAAGGAGAACUUGGGAGGGGUAGACGUGCUGGUCAACAACGCUGGAGUCGGGAAAUUGGAUAACCUGUAUGAUGGAAGUGUAGCUGAUUGGAAACAAAUGAUCGAUGUGAACGUGCUUGCACUCAGCAUCUGUACUAAAGAGGCCAUCCGGUCUAUGAAGGAGAGGGGCGUGGACGAUGGACAUAUCAUACACAUAAAUAGUGUGGCAGGACACUAUUAUUCUUCCUUGCCUGGGAUUGGCAUGUACUCAGCCACCAAGCACGCAGUUACAGUGCUCACUGAAUCGCUGAGGAGGGAGCUGACCAAACUCAACUCCAAAAUCAAGAUUACAAGUAUCAGCCCUGGAGGAGUGAGGACCGAGAUGGUGGCUAGAGCCAACAUACCGGAGGAAGUCCUCAAGACCAUGUCCCUCCUGGAGCCGGAAGACUUGGCGGAGGCUGUUGUCUACACUCUGUCGACUCCACCUCGUGUACAGGUUCACGAGAUAACGAUUCGUCCAGUUGGAGAAAAGUUUUGAAUUUCAGCAGGCCACUCCAUUUUCAUAUGAAGACGAUAAAAAUGUCCGAUUUCUUCUAGGAGUGGCUGGAUCAACAAAACAUACUUCAUAAGUUUUCUUAUAAAUUUUGUGAUAUGUGUUGUUUUUGAAGAAAUUUUAUAAAAAAUAUUAGAUAAAGGUUGUGUAAAUAAUGUUUAUUGUAUAUAUUAUAGAAAUAGUAAAUUAAAUUUUAAACAAUGUUGUACA